AUGGACGACGUACUAUAUUCGUUAACAGGAACAAAUAACGGCUUCGGGUUUUACAAUUCGACGUCUGAACAACCUAAAGCAGCCGCCAUUUGUCGUGGAGACAUCGAGCCAGAAAGAUGCCAAAGAUGUGUUGACGAUGCUACUCAUCGGCUGCGACAAGUUUGUCCAAAUAAAAUGGAGGCUAAGGGAUGGUACGACACAUGUUUCUUAUGGUAUUCGAAUAGAAUUAUAGGUGGUGGAGUUGGUUAUUAUUUUUACAACGGGAACAAUGUUUCAGAUUCAAGCUUUGAUCAGUGGAAUCAAACAGAGGUUGAUUUGCUCGGUGAGUUGCGGUCAGAGGCUGCGGGUGGUGUGCAGCUCCGAAAAUGA